AUGAGCCGUCUGAAAUGCGGCUUGAUCGUCGGGACCGUCGUCGGCGCGGUCGCGUGCGCGCUCGGUCUCAUCCUCAUUCCAGUGGGCGACAAUAUCAUCAGCACAACUGUCAAAAAGGAAGCUGUCCUGGAGGAAGGAACCACGGCGUACGAGAACUGGAUCUCGGCCGGCGCGCCGGUGUACAGGCAGUUCUGGCUGUUUGAAGUGCAAAAUCCAGAUGAGGUGGUGAAAAACGGCAGCGUUCCUCAGGUCCAACAAAAAGGACCGUACACGUACAGGACAAGGUACAUCCCCAAAGAGAAUGUGACGUUCUGCCAGAACCAGACCGUGUCCUUUGUGCUGCCAUCAGGAGCCAUCUUUGAGCCGGACAUGUCUGUGGGAGCAGAGGAGGACAUGGUGACCACACUGAACCUCGGUGUGGUUGGUAUCUACAAUCUGGGAGAUAACAAAUUUUCUGAUUUCCUGAUCCAGAAGAACGGCUCGUCUCUGUUUCAGAACAGAACCGUGAAGGAGCUGUUAUGGGGCUACAAUGACCCCAUACUGAAGUUUAAGAUGGGAGUUUUUUACCCAUAUAACGGAAGCGACGACGGACUCUACAACGUAUUCACAGGCAAAGGCGACAUCAGCAGAGUAAACAGCAUCAGCUCCUGGAAUUACACGAAGUCUCUGCCCUAUUGGAAUGAUGCAUACUGUAAUAUGAUUAACGGCACAGAUGGCUCGUCCUUCUCUCCGUUCCUUGACAAGAAGGUGCCAUUGUACUUCUUCUCCUCCGAUAUCUGCAGGUCCGUCUCAGCCGAGUUCAGUGACCGUUUGGAUUUGAAAGGGAUCAUGGUGAAUCGCUACAUGCUGCCGCCACAAACGUUCGCGUCCCCCGUGGACAAUCCAGACAACCGGUGCUACUGCACAAACUCUGAAGUCACCAUGAACUGCACCUUGGCCGGCGUGCUCGGCGUCUCGGUGUGCAAAGGUUCUCCUGUGUACAUCUCCCUCCCUCAUUUCCUGCACGGCAGUAAGGAGCUGCUGGAACGUGUUCAUGGUCUAAACCCGAACCCUGAGGAACACUCCACCUAUCUGGAUGUUGAACCUAUCACAGGCUUCACGCUGAGGUUCGCCAAACGCCUUCAGAUCAACAUGAUGUACGGCCCUGCCAAGAACAUCCAGCUCUUUAGUAAAGUGAAGGAGAACACUUUCUUCCCCAUCCUGUGGUUAAAUGAGACGGCGAUACUGGAUGAUGACACGGCAAACAGGUUUAAGGCGGAGCUCUUCUCCCGGAUCGACACUCUGGAGAUGGUGCAGAUCGUUCUGUCCUCGGUCGGAGCGGCGAUAUUGGCGCUGUCUGUGAUCGGACUGUGUGUGGUGAACCGCCAGAAUCACACAUCGUACGUAGCGUAA